AUGACGACGAUGACGGUGGCGACGAUGACGAUGGCGGUGCGACUCCGACGACGAAUACCGCCCGUCCCCGCUCUCCAGCACCUCCGCAAGUCGGGUGAGCAUGACAGUGUCGAUGGACAUAAGAAAGCGGGCGCCCAGCUCGCUGUUGCUACGCAGCUCCCUCGCAACCUGCGCCUCCAGUUCCGCCGUCUGGUACCGCACAACGGGGCGCAGCGCCGAGUGGCAUGUGCUGACGUCCCGCAGCAGGCGCACGAGGGCCUGGUGGUGUGCCAGGUACAACGCGUUUAG